AUGCCAUUCAGCACGCAGUUCCCAGCCCCACAUCAUGUUGAAAAAAAGGGCUUUCGGACAAAGUUUGGAGGAGAACUUGAACGAGGCAUGUUUGAGAAACUGUCAGAAGCCCUGGAAAAUCUCCGCCAACCCUCCUUUCGUGAAGUUGGAUAUUAUGAACCUCGUGAUGGGGAAGUGGAAUCCGAGAAGAAAGGACAACACCACAGAGCCUCACAUCUCUGUAUCGUUUCCUUUUACAGCAGAUCACCAGCCCCCCUCAGCGAAUUCAAGAAUAUUCGCUGUUCGCUGAGGCUGAACGGAAGAAGCGGCAGUUACGCCAAACUCAAAAACCUCCCCGAUGAGAUUGAAACCACCUUGAUCGAUUUUGCUGACGAUAUGAUGGGAUACGGGUACGACGAAUUGCUACCAGGCGCGGUUGCGGAUUUUGAAAAAUCGGAAUUUUAUGCUAGUCUUGGCACAGACGAAGCCGAAAGAAAGCAAAAUUUUGAUCAAGCUUCGCGUGAGAAAAUGCGGUGGCGUCCACAGCUCUUCAAGGCCCUGCAAUUCGCACUACGGGAUAUUAGGUCCUAUACGUACAAGGAAAGCGAGUCGAAAUGGAUACCGCAUAAGCGCCAGUCGAAGAAAGUCGCGGACGAAAUGAUCGACGAUGGGGCAGUAAAAGGAGACGACGACGAUCUAUUCAUUGCUGAUGAGUGA